AUGUCACUCAUUGACAUGUCAAAGGUGGAGUGCCUCAACGAGGAUGCACAGCACUCCAUUCGCAACAUCAUCGAGAAGACGUCGGACGCAGCCUACCUCAGUUCGUCAAAUGAGGACCCGCAGUUGCUCAUCAAGCUUGGCUUCACUAGCCCAGUAAAACUGUCUUCCCUGAUGAUAAAAUCUCCCCCCGGAAGCGCUGAAGCCGGAGAGGUGCCGACGACUAUCAAGCUUUUCACCAACAACCUCGCCAUGGGAUUUUCUGAAGCUGAGUCCGAGCCUCCGAUUCAAGAAGUGGUACGCCUGCGUGUCGGAUGGUUGGUAGUGGGAGAUUUCAGCAUUCACUGCAGCACACUUUCCGAGGGUGACGGCAACACGUCGGAUGCAGAGUACACAGCCUUGGCGUGCCUGAUGACCCUGCAAGUGCCUGCAGACACUCGAUGA